CAUGGAGUCGCCCUUGUCCCGAUGAUUCUCGUUGUUGCUGUUCGCCUGGAACCAAAAGUAUAAAAUGCCUUCCGCUGAACAAGAAGCAACCAGUUGAUAACCAAACCUCCCGUGAGAGCGCUUUCGAGCAACUUACCUAGCGAAUCAACAUGCAAUCAACUAUGGCAUUGCCGUUGUUGACCAUCAUUUUGGCUGUGCCUCUUUCCCACUGUCAGCCGGCGGCUUUUCAUCCGUUCACCAAUGCAGCCUCGACGAGCUUCUCAUCGGCACCUUUUGCCACUUGGAUACCUGCCGCAUUUUCUGCUACGCAAUAUCACGCCCAGGAUGAGCUUGGCCAAGCUUCUUAUGGUUAUGCUUACCCUGGACAAGCAGCCGCCAACUUCCGAGAUGCGUGGGGUAACCAAGUCGGCAGUUGGGCGUACAUCGAUCCGGAUGGGAAAGAGGUCCGCGUCAGUUACAUAGCCGAUGCGGGAGGAUUCCGCGUCCUUUCAAAUAACUUGCCUCAAGCCCCAAUGCAAGCCGUUUCCUCUCCUCCCAUGGUUCCCGUGUCCGACACUCCGGAAGUUGAAGAAGCUAAACGUUUACAUUUCGCGGCUAUAGUUGAAGCAAAAUCCCGCAAUGCAGCCGCUAAGAGUCGCCAUCGUCGUAGCUCUGGACAAUACUAUUCGACACCUACACAAAUGGUCCAUUAUGAAACUUAUCAUAGCCAUCAGAAAGCUGCCGUUCCAGUUGUUCGCGUAGCACCUCUGAAUGUUGAACCAGCUGCUUCUGUUUUCCAGCAACCAGCAGUUCCCGCUGACUCGUCUUUCCCUGUUAACGCUGUUCCACUAGCUACUGCUGUCCACGCAGAGGCUCACUCGAUUGCAGGGCCGACCUCAGCAGUUGUCCAACAUGGUCCGGUAUCAUCUCCGAUCAUCAGCAAAUUCCAUUCGCAAGAUGAGUUUGGUCAGGCGGCUUUCGGCCACGUGACGGCCGACCAAUCGGCAUCCAAUUUCCGCGAUGCUUCUGGUAACCAAAUGGGUCAUUACGCCUACAUCGAUCCCGACGGCCAACCGGUUAUCGUCUACUACACAGCCGGAGCAAGUGGUUUCCAAGUUGUAUCCAACGCUCUUCCGCAGGCCCCUGCCGUCCCCGUUUUUCAGCAUGCCGUAAGUACCAUUCCAUCCGUCGUUCAGGAUACUGCCGAAGUGGUGCAAGCUCGUAGAGAACAUCUAGCCCUUGUCAAAGAGGCGCGGAAUCGUGUCAGAUCGUACUCAAGUUCUGUUUGAUAUACUAAAAGAUCCGUGAUCUAGAGCCAAAAGAGCAUCCGUCUGUACAUAAAUGUUUUGUAUUGUUUUUUUUUUCUAUUCUUUCUCUCC